AUGCCUGUUCCACUAUCGUCAGCUUAUGCGAAUUUGAGUAAUGAGGAGCUUCUGAAGAGACUGAAAGCAGUGAAUUUCACGAACGUUGGUCCCAUCAAUGAUGCGACCAGAAGCGUGUAUUUAAAAAAAUUGGAAAAAUUAGAAGGCGAAGCUAAUCCCGGUUCACCAGAGAGCUCCUUCAUCCGAAGAUCAGAACCUAGUCCUUCACGCGCAAAGCCGAGCAGGAGAUCCGUCGGAACUCCAAAACCUGCAGUUUCAAAAUCACCUGCUCGAAGAAGAACCAUCAAUCCUGUUCCAAACACGACAUCGGUGCCAUCUCCUUCUGAAAGAAUCCUUCGUGGCCCGACGACGAAUGUAGACGCUCUCGAUUCCGGACCUGCCACAAUUGCAUCUCGUUGGACACGACCGAAAGCCGCGGAAUUUUCCGAUAACGAAGAAGAAAUCACUGGCUUUCGACGACGUCGAAUUCUACACGAACCCAUACGCAUCACAGCGAAAAAAUCCCCCUAUGCAACCUUGUUGCCUGCUUUUCGUAAAUACGUCACACUGCAUUGGAACAAGAUAUUGUUCUACUUUGUAGCAGUCGUCAUCGUCGUAAUAUUUAUAUUUGCCCGUCGACCGGGACCAGUAGACUCCUUCCCAGUGUGUACCAUAGAAAGUGACCCAGAUUGUAUUCCAUCUGACGAGUUGCCAGACGCCGUGAAGAACUUCCAGACCGUGAAAGCACUGCUUGAAAAGCGAGCGCUUUUACACGAUUGGCCUCAGUGUGGGAAUGAAUUGGAAGCCGCAGUGGCAAGCGUGAGUCGCGGCUUGACUUUCAAUGAAAUCGUGAAGCAACGUUACGGUUUACUUGAUGCUGAGUUCUUCGUGAAGAUCCGCUACGUGUCCGCGCUCGUCAAAGUGAAUCCUCAUUGGGGUAUGACGCUUUUCACGCGCGAUGGUUCGCACACGGACAAUCUUGGCCUUGCUGAAGGUCUUGAAGCCACUGGGAGCUUCCUGCCAAUCUCGUGCCUUCUGUCUUUUGCUCUAUCGGCAUUAAUUCCCAGAAUUUUACUGCUUUUCUGUGCGGCCUCGAUCGUGUACGCAGGCUUCUAUGGUUACCGGUACUACGUUGCCCAGAAGCAGAAAAGAGAUCGGGAAGUCUAUGAAUUCAUUGAGAAGGCUCUGAUGGUCCUCAGUGCGCGGAAGAGUGAAAAUCCGCAUGACCCGGCGUUGCCAGUUCACGUAGUGCGGGAUAAGUUGAUCAAGGCGGCCAUGAGGAAUGAUAAAGCUACAAUGACAGUGUGGAGUAAGGUGAUGGAUUUUGUUGAGACUCAAGAUUCCCGCGUCGCAGUGAGUCUGCGAAGAAUCGGUGGCUACGAUGUGAAAGUUUGGUCGUUUCGUGGCAGCGUGGACUCUCACAAUAACGCAGAAAUUCCGAAACAUCCUCAGGAUGAACCGAUGGACACUUCGGAUCACCGUGAGAUUCAAGCGGACAAUGCCCGUCUCUGGCAAGGACACGCGUUCGACAACAACGGCCUGAAAUCAUCUCCGACCCCGUGUCUCAAAAUCCGUAACAUGUUCGAUCCCGAAGUGGAAACCGGUGACGACUGGCCUCUUCAGAUCCACGAAUCUCUGCUCGAGAAAUGCGACGGCAUCCCGAUCGUUCACAUCGCCGUCGACAAGGAAUCCCGCGAAGGCACCGUCUACAUGAAGUGUGCCGACGAAGAGGCCGCCGGACGUGCGUACAAGAUCCUCCACGGGCACUGGUUUGACGGGAACCUGGUCACUGUCAAGUAUCUGAUGGUGGACAGGUACCAUCAGCGGUUCCCGCAAGCGCAGGACAUGCGGGACGCGAUCAAGCGCUGA